AUGGAGAAGCUUGGCAUGAAGGUCAUUACUGGUGUGAACCAUGUAACUAUCAAAAAGAGCAAGACCGUUACGUUUGUCCUCUCCAAGCCAGAUGUCUUCAAGAGCUCACACUCAGAAACCUAUGUCAUUAUCGGGGAGAUCAAGUUCGAGGACCUGAACACUGAGCUGCAGACACAAGCGGCAGAGCACUUCAAGGCGCCGGGCCCGAGCAGGGUCAAUUCAAAGGGUGAGCCGUUUGUGGCAGCAGUCCAAGAUGACGAGGAGGUCGACGAGCUGGGCGUUGACAAGAAGGACGUCGAGCUCGUGAUGAUGCAGGCCUCCGUGUCGAGAUCCAGGGCUGUGGAGGCACUCAAGGCUGCGGAUGGCGACAUCGUCAGCGCCAUCAUGGAGUUGCCUAACUAG